GGUGUUCCUCUGGGCAGGUGGACGCUCCCCUGGCGCGCGUGGGCGUGGAGGACUUCCGCAGGCUGGCCGGCCUCGCAGCGCCAGGGCCCAGCUGCCUGGCGUGGCUGGAGAGCUCGGGGCCCCGGGCGCCAGCUGCUGCCAGGGAGGGCCCGCAGCUGCUGCGAGUGGAGUCCGCGGAAGGCGUGCCCAGCAGGCACGUGGUUGUCGGCGCUUGCCUCGCGCGGCACGCGCGCAUCCCCUGCUUUGGUAUUGUCCGCUUGCGCCGGUGCCGACACGUGCCAGUCCACGUUCCACGCCUGGAGCUGGUUCCUCUGGUCGCGUGGCCCCGGGCCUUGAAGGCCAGCCGUGGCAGCGAUGAGAGGUGGCUGACGAGGCAGUUCGAAGCUUUUGUUAAGCAGGCGGGCGAAGUCGAGCUCAUGCACGGAUCCGUCGUGCAGCUGCGUGCGGGGCCUCCGGAGCCACGGCAUCAGGCGACGUCGGAGGCAGCCGACGUCGGCGCCAGCCCAGCGGCUGCUUCCAGCAGCCCGCCAGGCCGUCCACCUGGCGUCAGUAGCAGCUCGGGGACCACGGACCUCUACGAGGGCCUCUCUGACAUCGACGACAUCUAUCAACAGGGCGGCGCGCCUCCAUGUGAGGUGCAGGACGCCGGCCUAGGGGUGUACGAGGUUGACCUGGGGCUUGACGGGGACGGGCAGCUCCUGCCGGACGGCGAGUUCGGCCACGUGAACGGCGUGGGCGGCCACGGCCUGGACUUGUCGAGAGAGGCGCGCCUGCCAGACAGGGUGCCCGUGCAGGUGCGAUUCGCGCUGGGCGCCGCCAGAGCCGAGCUCGGCGACCCCCGCGCGCCUCCCUAUGCGCGCGUCGACGCGCGGUCGCUGAAGGAGGAGAUGAGGGUGGCCGUCGCCUGGCCCGCGAGCGAGGCGGGCGGCUUGGGAGAGGAGCAGGGCGAGAUGACCCGGAGAGAUCAGCUGAGGUCGCUGUGGGCGGCGGUGCCGGGGCUCCAGGCAGUGCCCGACGAGGCCUUCGAGGAGGUCGUGCAGGUUGUCAGCAAGAGCAGACAGGCGAUGCCACUCGACGAGCUGAGGCUGUUCCAGGAGCCGGCCGCCUGCCUGCAGCAGCACCUCCUGGCGCAGCUGGGCUGCCUCCCGCGCGGGCUAGGCAGCGCCAGCACGGCGGCACCAGGGCCGGGCGUGCGGCCGCGGAGCGGUGCGGGCGACCCGUUCGAGGCCUCCUGGGCCCAGGACGGCCUGGCCGGGAGCGUGUUCACGAGG